AUGGCCAUGCCGAGCCCCAGCCCCAACCUUAGCAGCAGUAGCUGCAGAGUGGUGCCAAACCUAAACCUCCCAGCCGGGUUCCGCUUCCACCCCACGGACGAGGAGCUCAUCGUCCACUACCUCAUGAACCAGGCCGCCUCCAUCCCCUGCCCCGUCCCCAUCAUCGCCGAGGUCAACAUCUACCAGUGCAACCCUUGGGAUCUCCCCGCCAAGGCGGUGUUCGGCGAGAGCGAGUGGUACUUCUUCAGCCCGCGGGACCGCAAGUACCCCAACGGCGCGCGCCCCAACCGCGCCGCCGGGUCGGGCUACUGGAAGGCCACCGGCACCGACAAGGCCAUCAUGUCCACGCCCACCGGCCAGCAUAUCGGCGUCAAGAAGGCGCUCGUCUACUACGGCGGCCGGGCGCCCAGGGGCGUCAAGACCGACUGGAUCAUGCACGAGUACCUUCUCGUCACCGCCGCCGACGGCAAGACGGCCACGGCAGCCAAGCGCAGAGGAGGAUCCAUGAGGCUGGACGACUGGGUGCUGUGCAGGAUCCACAAGAAAAGCAACGACUUCCAGUUGUCAUCAGAUCAUCAGGAGCAGGAGCAGGAGGGCUCGUCGACGGUGGAGCAAGAAUCCCCAAAGCCCGAGCCUCUUGAGCACGACCAGUUCCAGUUCCAUCAGACGACGCUGACCAAGUCGUGCUCGCUCACCGACCUGCUCAACAGCAUCCACUACUCGUCGGCGCUGUCGCAGGUCCUCGACGGCCCAGUUGAUGGCAGCGAAGCCCUGCCGCAGCAGAACCCUCCUCUAAUCUACCCAACUACAACACAUGAAACACACCAAGCACUCAACUAUAACAACAACAACAACAACAACCACUUAAUAAGUCUGCCACACACAAAGGCAACAGCAUGUUCAGCUGAUUCUGUCGUUGCUAAUAACUGCAACAACGGUGUGAACAAGAGGAAACGGAUGACCACGGCCGCCAUGAACGACGGCGUUGAGUCCUUCGAUUAUGGCAGCAACGGUUUCAGUAGCAAACCGAAGGUGCUGCCAACUGAUUCAAGGAACAGCAGCCAUUUGGGCAGCACGUCCAGCAGCAGCUACUGCAACCAGCAGGUUGUGGACACGAGUGGGUUGUUUCAGCACAGCAGCCUCCUGAGCUACCCAUUCCUGGAGAUGCAGUAG